AUGAUGACUUCCAUGUUUGCACUGGUCCUUGGAUCAGUGGGUGCCGCGUAUGUAUUCGUCUCAGCACUCCUCUACUUCACGCAGGACUCGAAGGAGCCGCCUGCGAUUGAGACUGCGCUGCCGUUCAUCAGCCCGUUGCUUGGUCUUGUUUUCGGUAUGCAACAGUACUAUGUGAAGCUAAGAGACAAGUAUGGCCUUGCUAUCUACACGCUUCGUAUGCCAGGCCAGCGCAUAUACGUCGUCAAUUCCUUGUCUCUCAUCCCGGCAGUGCAACGCCAGAUCAAGACCAUUGCCUUUGCCCCAAUCGAGGCCCAGGCUGUGGCGACGGUCAUGGGCAUCGGCCCUGCGGGUAACGCCAUCAUAGGUUCAGACAAGAUGUUUGAGGCCGACUCCUACCUGUCAACCUUCGUGCCAUCUACACACCCAGCCCUAUCCCCUGGCCCCGGCCUUGACGCCCUCAGCGGGGCGGCAAUAAGAUACGCGUCGGGUUCCCUGGCAAAGCUCGGUGGGGGGAAGCCUAUGGCAGUAGAGCUGUUUUUUUGGGUUCGUCAGGAGCUGUUCAUGGCCACGACGGAGUCGAUCUACGGACCAAAGAACCCCUUCCGUGAUCCUGCCCUUGAGCAAGCCUACGACUUCGAGCCAGGCAUCAUGGCCCACAUGCUUCAAGCCUGGCCCAGCCUCCUGGCGCGCAAGAGCCUCCACGCGCGAGACCGGCUUCUCAUCCCCGCUUUCGAGAAAUACUUCGCUGAGGACAGCCACCUCCAGGGCUCCCUCCUCGUGCAGUGCCGCUAUGAGCAUAACACAAGCCACGGCCUGCGAGGCAGAGACGUAGCAGCUACCGAGAUCGGCCAGAUGGUGGCGUCGCUGACGAACAGCGUGGCGAGCGCCUUCUGGAUGGUCUACCACGUCUUCUCCGACCCGGUCGUUCUCGCCGCGUGUCGGGCAGAGGUAGAACAGCAGCUCGUAAAGAUGGAAGUCGAUGAUGACGACGACGUGCACGAAACCCUGCGCUAUGUGCACAUCCGGGUCUCUGCGAGGGUGGUCAUGGAGGACACCAUGCUGGACAAAUACCUCCUGAAGAAAGGCGCCACGGUGAUGACGAUCACGCCAGUCCAACACACCGAUGCGUCGCUAUGGGGUCCGACGGUGGGUAAAUUCGACCACCGCCGAUUCCUGCGGGGGCCGGAUGAGAAGCGCACGACGAAUCCUGCGGCGUUCCGCUCGUUUGGCGGAGGCGCGGUUCUCUGCCCGGGGCGUCACUUCGUCAGCACCGAAGUCAUGUCCUUUGUUGCCCUGCUGUUACUCCGCUUCGACCUGAAGCCCACUACGAAAGGUGGCAAGUGGGUGACACCGCGGAAAAACUACCCCAUGACAUCGGCUAUGCCAACACCCAAGGACAAACUGCCGGUUGAAAUUGUGCCCAGAGACCAGCGGAAGUGGCGAGUGGAAUUCUCGUCGUCUAGUAAGGGCGUGGAGAUGAUUGCUGAAGAUGUUGCCAAAGGCGGUCUCUGA